CAGGGCGUGGCAGCGCCCCCCUGCGGUGUUCACUGGCAACGAGCACAGGUCAGAUGAUCGAGCUACGUUGUAAAUAGACAGCAGCGAUCCGCCGUGGCCAUGCCUUCGCAGACGCUUUAAAUCCCCUCCGCCAGAGCAGAUCCUGCCGCUCGCUCGCCCGUUAUCUUGCGACACCGCUCCUCCAGCUUCCCCGGGUCAUUUCGGCGCGUUGAGCCGUCGGUAAAAGUAUGUACCGGUCUCUGUACGCCUUCCGAUCCGCGGAGCCCAACUCGCUGCACUUCGCGGCCGGGGAAAGCUUCCUAAUUCUGGAGAGGAGCAACAAACACUGGUGGCUGGGGUCCCGCUGCAGCUCGGGGGAAACCGGCUACAUCCCCGCCUCAUACAUCGAAAAAAUACAGGCUCCAGAGCAGGAUGACGUGUUGCAGUCUAUUGACAGAGCAAUCGAAGGCAUACACAACGUGGCCUUAAAAAAUGGAGGCAAAUACAACCUGGAACAGCGAGAUGUUCUGCAAAAGUUGAUCCAUCACAGAAAGGAGACCCUUGCACGGCGAAGUUCCUCCUCCUCCGGUCAUAAACAAGGCCUCCCUUCUUCCAGCAGUGAAAUAUCUCUCAGUCAAACUCCCCCUCCACCCAAUGGCCUUAACCGAGACUACGGACGACAGGGAAGCGUGCCGUUAUCAGGAAGCAUGGACAAUAUGCAAGCAGAACAGGGCUUUUACCAGGUGCCUCCUCAGCCUCGACGUGCGGCUCCGAUCACCCCUCCUCCCCCUGAGAAACAGAGAAACAGCCGCCGUCCAGCAGAGCCGGAGGUCCCCUCCAGAGUGUCCUCUCUUCCUCCGUCCCCUGCUCCCUCCCUCUCAAUCAGCACCCCCUCUUUGGAGUCAGGCUCCUCCCACUCUCUGGUCUCCUCUGAUGUCAGUUUGCCAAGUGUUUCCAGCACCCCCCCCCCUCCUGUGCCAUCCCGUGUCAAGCCCUCUCUGCCGCCUCUGGACAUUUUUUCCUCUGACUCUCCUCCUCAGCCAGCUCCUGCAAAGAAAAGCCAGGCGCCACAGCCUCCCCAGCCCACCCCCCCUUUACAGCCGGCUGUGGAGAACCAGCCAGAGAGUGAAUGGCCCCUUGCCCCCCCGUCAGUUGCUGAAAGCCCUCCUGGCAGCCCCACUACCUCCGAGCCGGUUCCCAUGACUAUUGGGGCUGAACUGAUCGAGCUGGUACGGAGGAACACGGGCUUGAGUUACGAGCUGUCGCGGGUCGCCGUCGGCGUGGUGGUCGGCCGCCUGCAGACCGCUUUACCUCAAGCCUCCUCCGACUUGGAGCAAGUUCUCCUGUCGCUGGUGGAGAGCAAGGAUUCAAGUGCAGCGCUGCCACAGGGCCAGGUGUGUCAUGACGAACAGCGGCUGGAGGUGAUCUUCAGCGACCUCGCCCGUCACCGGGACGAUUCACAGCAGCGUAGCUGGGCGCUUCACGAAGACCACGCUCUCAUCGCCUGCUACCUGGAGGAGCUGCUGAAGAUUCUGACUGAUGCAGAUCCAGAGGUGUGUAAGAGGAUGUGCAAGGCCAACCACUAUGAGAAUGUGCUCUCUCUGGUGUCAUAUUAUCAGAUGGAGCAUCGUGUGUCUUUGCGGCUGCUGCUGCUCAAAGUGUUCGGGGCGAUGUGCAGCCUGGACGCUGCCCUCAUCUCCACCCUCCUCAACUCCAUCCUCCCCAUGGAGCUGGCCAGAGACCUACAGACAGACACACAAGAGCACCAGAAGAUGUGUUACACAGCUUUGGUGCUAACUAUGAUCUUCUCAAUGGGCGAACAGGUGCCAUAUCAUCACUACGAACACUUGAAUGCUGACUUUGUUCAGUUUCUGCUGGGUGUGGUGGAGGACGGGCUUCCCUCUGAUCCCACAGAGCAGCUGCCUGACACCUUCCUGAACCUCCUGCUGGCCUUCAACCUGCACCACUCAACACCCAGCAACAACGUGAUCAUGAAGGAACUGAAGAUGAAAAAUGUCAAGAUCCUGUCUGAGAAAGUGCUGCUGCUUCUGAACAGAGGCGACGAUCCUGUGUGUGUUUUCAAACACACCCCACCUGCACCGCAUGCAGUGCUCAAGUUUCUGCAGGAUCUUUUCGCCAGCAGCGAUACGGCUGACAUCUUCUACCGCACUGACAUGAUGGUGAUGAUCGACAUCGCCGUCCGGCAAAUAUCUGACCUUUCACCUGGAGACAAGCUGCGGAUGGAGUAUCUCUCGCUCAUGCACUCCAUAAUGCGCUCCACCGACUACCUGGAGCACCAGCACCGCCUGUCUGACCUGCAGGGGGCGCUGCAGAGGAUUCUCAGGGAGGAGGAAGAUCCCGGAGAGGAUGAGGGGAGCGCUACAGCAAAACAGAUGGAUAAGCUAAUUGUACAGCAGAUCUACAAGGAGUUCCCACAGAUCCGUGAGAACCAGGACUAACCAUAUCGGUAUCAUGCUCACACACUGUAGUCUGCUCCCAUCUCGACUGCAGGGAGGUACGAUAAAGCUUGAGAGAAGAAGAACUGAUGUUUGAUGGGAUGCCCUGUAUUCUGUGCCAGCCUGUACUGAGAGAAGCAAACCAGUUUCGCCAAUGUUCUCUUGUACUCGUAGUUUGGGGCUGCAGCAUUCAUGUGAUGUUGAUUUCAGAAAGAUCUUCCUGUUUUUCACAGCCCUCUGAAUCAAGAUGAGUUUCAUUUGAGUGGGAGGUUUUGCUUCCAGAAGGGAGAAGUAUGUGACAAAUGCACAAAAAACCUGUGAGGUUUAGUCAUACAUGGAGAUUAUAAAUCUAGGCCAAGCCUUGGAGCUCUUCUCACCGUGAAUUCUUAGCAAUAAUUACCUUAAAAAUCAUACAUGAACUAACUGUACUCAAAGUAUUUUGAAAUUAAAGUAACGGCAACCACGACUAAACCUUAUUCUAACCAAAGUAACUUUAACCAAAUUGAUUUUAGAACCAUGCAAAGUUUUGGGAUGAAAAGGCAGAUUUGAAAAUAUGCUCAAAUAACUGCGACACUACACCAACGGUUGUGAGGAUACGUUGACCCUUUAUGUGCUUCCCUCAUAGUGGGGCCAAACUACUGUGUGUUACUGAGAGCAUUAUUUUCUUCAUAGCUCCAUCAAACUGACUUCCUCUUUCAUUCACCCCCUCAUUCAUCGUAUUUGAAAUUGCAAUCAAGUUGAACAAGUGUAUUAUCAUAGUGAGAAAAAGCACACUCUGACUCACGUUAUCAUUACGAAGCUUUUAGCUGAGUAACUUGCUGCUACAUAUUGAGUCUCUGCUCUGGCUCCGUCUGCAGUUUUCUUAAUCUGGUACGUUUGUAUCUUUACUGCUUUUCAAACACUUAAAAACCAUCGCUCUGUACUUACCUAUGCUAAGAUCCUCAAGCGUCAGAAGCCAGUGACUGUUUACAGAUUAAUGUCAGUCGGACUGGAGGGUUUUUGUCCAUAUGCUGCAUUCAUAUUCAAGCUAAAUAUGACAAUAAGGCUUUUAACAACUUGUUGUAAAAUACUGAGUCUGAGGUAAUGCAGGGCAUUUCUUUUUUCUCCUCAUGGUCUUAUACUUUAACAGCAACAUGUACCUUUGCCUUGUUUCUUCCCCAUGAUGUAGUGAUUGAUGUUGUUCUCCCAUCUUACACUAGCUUAUCUGUUUUUGUCCCUAGCAUGGCUUCUCUGUGUGGAAAGUGUCUCUGAGAAGGUAGACACAAUCCAAAUGUGGUAUCAGAUUUUAGUUAAUGUCCAAGUACUCAUUGAGUGUCUGUUUACAGUGUUUGAGAGAGAGAGAGAGAGAGCUGACCGUCUCCUUUCCCUGAUUAACAUUUUCUGCAAAACUGCUACAACUGUGUCAUAAUAUAACUAAUAAAGCUAUAUUUUAACAGUG